AUGAUUGAUGAGCACAAGUCAAAGAUACGUAAAAUUGAACGAGCUCUUGAAGUGGCUAAGGAGGAACUACUGAAGGCAAAGAUUGAAGCUGCUUCAAAGCAUAAGGAGCUGACUGAGGUUCAUGGUGCAUGGCUCCCACAUUGGCUGGCGGUACAUCUUUCUCAAUUUCAGUCCUUCAUUGUGUUGCACUGGAAUGUACAUGGAAAACCUGUGAUGAAUAUUAUUAUUCAGAACGCCAUGGUGAAGAUUUCUCAAUCUGCAAAGUGGGCUGAACCUCACCUUGAGACGAUGAAGAUGGAGUGGAUUCCAGCAUUAAAGGAGCACUACUUGACAGUAGAAACCUCUUUCGAGCCGCAUCUGCAUUCUCUGGCUACAAAAACCCUUGAGGUUUAUGAGUCAUCUAAGAGUGCUCUGGCUCCACACUUGAUUAACGUUGAGGAAGUUGUCGAUCCCUAUUACCAGGAAGUGAAGAAGUUCAGCAAGCCACAUAUCCAUAGCAUUGGUGUUGUGACAAAACCUCAUGUUGAUAAACUAAGGUUGACCUUGAAGCCAUACACAAAGGAAGCGGAUCGUGUCUAUGGGAAAUUCUUAAAGUCUGCUUCAAGUUAUCAUCAUCAGGUACAAGCCGUUAUUAAAGAGACACUGAGAAAGCAUGAGUUGACAACACCGCUUGCAACUGAGGAGUUUGCGGGGUUUGCGGUAUGUUUUCAUGAGUUGCUCUCUUAUCACAGUUUUUCACAUUUUUACUGUGAUAGUGACUUCCCUCGUUAA